ACCUUCCUGCACCAGGGACCAAGGGGCCGCUGGGAAGAAAUGGCUUUGAAUGGAACAGAAAACUUUUCCAAACAUUCAAACACCACAGUGGAAGACAUGUGUGCGCCAGACCGAGAAAUCAGCCAGGUGAUCUUCACAGUGCUCUAUUCUGUCUUCUUUAUUGGUGGGCUCCUGAUGAACAGCUUGGCCAUCUGGGUGUUCUUUCAAAUCCCGAGCAAGUCGAACUUCAUUGUGUACCUUAAGAACACAGUCAUGGCCGACCUGCUGAUGACACUGAUAUUUCCGUUUAAAAUAAUCAUCGAGUCAAGAUUCAGAACGCCAGGACUCCAAGUCUUCGUAUGUCAAGUCAUUCAAGAACAUGCUAUUUGCAAAGCUGAACAACUGUGCAAACAGAUUGCCAAAAAUGCAGCCAGGUGAUCAUCAAUCCAGCAUGGACACUCCACUCUAAGCUGCAAAAUAAUGUUACACCAACCAAUAUCCACGCCUGGUUUCUGUACAAGUCCUAAGAAACUUUAUGCAGGGUUUAGACUGUUGUAAAAUUGGCCAUAACAUUUACACUUUACAUGCACUCUACAUACUUGAAUUCUAUGGGUUUGGGAUUGUUUCCUUAUGUUAGACAAUAGGUGCAGUAGGCUAUUCUGCCCUUCAAGCCAGCACCACCAUUCAUUAUGAUCAUGGCUGAU